AUGACCACGUACAAGCUACUGCUUGAAUAUGACGGGACAAUGUAUGCCGGAUGGCAACGGCAACCCGACCAACCUACCAUCCAAGCGGCGCUUGAAGCCGCGUUGCUCCAAAUUACCCGAUCCUCUAUCUCGACGAUAGCGGCAAGUCGAACGGACGCGGGCGUUCACGCCCUCGGACAGGUCGUCGGUUUUCAAUCGGAGAGACCGUUACUGCCCCAUGAGUGGACUCGCGCCUUGAACGGAGUGCUCCCGAAAAACAUCAGCGUACGCCAGACGGAGGUCGCGGCCGAGGACUUUCAUGCACGGUACGACGCGCACUCCAAAACGUACGAAUAUCGAAUUCUCAAUCAACCGACACGGCCGGCGUUGGAUCGUCUCCGUGUUUGGCAGAUUGCCAAACCCCUUGACGUGAACCUCAUGCGCGAUGCCUCACGUCACGUCCUGGGGCAACACGACUGCACGUCGUUUCAAGGGCCGGCUGCCGGCACGAAAAAUCCCGUCUGUACGAUCGAGCGGAUUGACUGUUUACACGACGGCCCAUUGAUUCGUUUCACGAUACAGGCCGACCGGUUCUUGAAACAAAUGGUUCGGGCAUUAGUCGGGACCCUGGUCGAAAUCGGUCAUGGGAAAAGGGGGCCUGAUGCGUUGAUGACCAUCCUCGAAGCCAGGGAUCGCCGAAGGCGGUCCCACGGCGCCCCCUCAGGGGCUCUACCUUCUUCGCGUCCAUUACAAAACGGAAGAGUUGUAAGCCGGCGCUCAAUGCCCGGCCGCCUUCGUCAUCCCUGUAAAGGUUCAGUCAUUCGUUGA